AUGAAAAUCACAUUUUUCUCUGCUGCAUUGCUCUUACUGGAUUUCUUCAGUUGCUUUCAUGCUUAUCUGCAAUAUCCCUUGCCUGACAUAGAAGAUGCAAAGUUCAUUGAAGAUUGUGUGAGAGCUCACAACACAUUUCGAUCCAAAGUGAAUCCACCAGCCAGCAAUAUGUUUCACAUGUCCUGGGAUGCUGCUUUAGCUAAGAGUGCCAAAGCAUGGGCAAAGAAGUGCAAGUUUAAGCACAAUACCUACCUUGAAAUGCCAGGAAAAAUGCACCCCACCUUUCGCUUUGUUGGAGAGAACAUCUGGACUGGCACAGCCCACAUCUUCUCCGUGGAGGCAGCUCUCAGGUCCUGGUUUAAUGAAGUCAGCAGCUAUGAUUUCAGCACCAACACAUGUACUGGCAUGUGUGGUCACUACACUCAGGUGGUCUGGGCAGAGAGUUACAAAGCUGGAUGUGCAGUUCACUUCUGCAGUACAGUUGAAAAUUUUCCAGGACUGUCCAAAGCAGCACAUUUUGUUUGUGACUAUGGACCAGCAUGAGUUGAUUGUGGCAUUUGGGUUUUGGGGAAUUACCCAGGAAAACCAUAUAAAGAAGGACAACCAUGCAGUAGAUGCAGCAACGAGAAGUGUGUAGACAGGCUCUGUGAAAAUACAGAACGUGAGAAGCUGAUAAGUUAUGCCAACUGGUAUCCAGACUGGGAUACACAGCCCCAGCCACCACAGCCCCAUCCCCCCAGGCCUCCCGCGCCAUCACACGUCCCACCUGCUGAGCACCCACGACCCUCUUGUGACCAACACUGUCUUAGUGUUUUAAUUUUAAGGCCACUGUUUCUUGUAUUGAGUGCUGGUGCUGUAUUUCUAGUACAACAGCGAUUUCCACACACUUUUUUUUAUGAGUAA